AUGAAGUGUGAUGUCGAUAUCCGUAAGGACCUGUACGGCAACAUCGUCAUGUCUGGUGGUACUACUAUGUACCCUGGUAUUGCCGACCGUAUGCAAAAGGAGAUCCAAGCCUUGGCCCCCAGCUCCAUGAAGGUCAAGAUUGUUGCUCCUCCUGAGCGUAAGUACUCUGUGUGGAUUGGUGGUUCUAUUCUCGCUUCCCCUCUCCACCUUCCAACAAAUGUGGAUCUCUAA